AUGGCGACCCUGGAAAAGCUGAUGAAGGCCUUCGAGUCUCUCAAGUCCUUCCAGCAACAGCAGCAGCAGCCGCCGCCGCCGCCGCCUCAGCCUUGUCAGCCUUCUCAGCCGUCGCCGCAGGCACAGCCGCCGCCGCCUCAGCCGCCCCCGCCGCCGCCCCCGCCGCCGCCCGGCCCGGCGGUGGCUGAGGAGCCGUUGCACCGACCAAAGAAAGAACUUUCAGCCACCAAGAAAGACCGUGUGAAUCAUUGUCUGACAAUAUGUGAAAACAUAGUGGCACAGUCUCUCAGAAAUUCUCCAGAAUUUCAGAAACUUCUGGGCAUCGCUAUGGAACUGUUUCUGCUGUGCAGUGAUGAUGCAGAGUCAGAUGUCAGGAUGGUGGCUGAUGAGUGCCUCAACAAAGUUAUAAAAGCUUUGAUGGAUUCCAAUCUUCCAAGGUUGCAGCUUGAGCUCUAUAAGGAAAUUAAAAAGAAUGGCGCCCCUCGAAGUCUCCGUGCCGCGCUGUGGAGGUUCGCCGAGCUGGCUCACCUGGUUCGGCCUCAGAAAUGCAGGCCUUACCUGGUGAACCUUUUGCCGUGCCUGACUCGAACAAGCAAGAGACCUGAGGAAUCAGUCCAGGAGACCUUGGCUGCAGCUGUUCCCAAAAUUAUGGCUUCUUUUGGCAAUUUUGCAAAUGACAAUGAAAUUAAGGUUUUGUUAAAGGCUUUCAUAGUGAAUCUGAAGUCCAGUUCCCCUACCAUUCGGCGGACAGCAGCUGGGUCAGCAGUGAGCAUCUGCCAGCACUCAAGAAGGACACAGUAUUUUUAUAACUGGCUACUAAAUGUGCUCUUAGGUUUGCUAGUUCCUGUUGAAGAUGAACACUCCACCCUCCUGAUCCUGGGCGUGCUGCUCACACUGAGAUAUUUGGUGCCCUUGCUGCAGCAGCAGGUCAAGGAUACCAGCCUCAAAGGCAGUUUUGGGGUAACACGGAAAGAGAUGGAAGUCUCUCCCUCUGCAGAGCAGCUUGUUCAGGUUUAUGAACUGACCUUGCAUCACACACAGCACCAAGACCACAAUGUCGUGACUGGAGCCCUGGAGCUCCUGCAGCAGCUCUUCAGAACUCCCCCACCGGAGCUCCUGCAAGGCCUGACCACGCCAGGCGGCCUUGGGCAGCUCACUGCGGCUAAAGAUGAGUCUAGUGGCCGAAGUCGUAGUGGGAGUAUUGUGGAACUUAUAACUGGAGGGGGUUCCUCAUGCAGCCCUGUUCUUUCAAGAAAACAAAAAGGCAGAGUGCUCCUAAGCGAAGAAGCAGCCUUGGAAGAUGACUCUGAAUCGAGGUCAGACGCCAGCAGCUCUGCCUUUGCAGCCUCUGUGAAAGAUGAGAUCGGAGGAGAGCUGGCUGCUUCUUCAGAGGUCUCCACUCCCGGGUCAGCUGGUCACGACAUCAUCACUGAGCAGCCGCGGUCACAGCACACGCUGCAGGCAGACUCGGUGGAUCUGGCCAGCUGUGACUUGACGAGUGCUGCUACUGAUGGGGAUGAGGAGGACAUCUUGAGUCACAGCUCCAGCCAGGUCAGCGCCGUCCCAUCUGACUCUGCCAUGGACCUCAAUGAUGGGACUCAGGCCUCCUCACCCAUCAGCGACAGCUCCCAGACCACCACAGAAGGGCCCGAUUCAGCUGUGACCCCUUCAGAUAGUUCUGAAAUUGUGUUAGAUGGUGCUGAUAGCCAGUAUUUGGGCAUGCAGAUCGGACAGCCCCAGGAUGAAGAUGAGGAAACUGCCAAUAUUCUUCCUGAUGAGGCCUCAGAUGCUUUCAGAAACUCUUCCAUUGCCCUUCAACAAGCACAUUUAUUGAAAAACAUGGGUCACAGCAGGCAGCCUUCUGACAGCAGUAUAGAUAAAUUUGUGUCAAGAGAUGAAGCUGCUGAACUAGUUGAUCAAGAAAACAAGCCUUGCCGCAUCAAAGGUGACAUAGGACAGCCUGCUGAUGACGAUUCUGUGCCUCUUGUCUAUUGUGUCCGCCUUUUAUCUGCUUCAUUUUUGCUAACGGGGGAAAAGAAUGUGCUGGUUCCGGACAGGGUUGUGAGAGUCAGUGUGAAGGCCCUGGCACUCAGCUGUAUUGGGGCAGCCGUGGCCCUUCAUCCAGAAUCUUUUUUCAGCAAACUGUAUAAAGUACCUCUUGACAUCAUGGAAUACCCUGAGGAGCAGUAUGUCUCAGACAUCCUGAACUACAUCGAUCAUGGAGACCCACAGGUCCGAGGAGCCACUGCCAUCCUCUGUGGGACCCUCAUCUGCGCCAUCCUCAGCAGAUCCCGCUUCCACGUGGGAGACUGGAUGGGCACCAUUAGAACUCUAACAGGGAAUACAUUUUCUCUGGCGGACUGCAUUCCUUUGUUGCAGAAGACUUUGAAGGAUGAAUCCUCUGUUACUUGCAAGUUGGCUUGUACAGCUGUGAGGCAUUGUGUCAUGAGUCUCUGCAGCAGCAGCUACAGCGAAUUAGGAUUACAGCUGAUCAUCGACAUGCUGACCCUGAGGAAUAGUUCCUACUGGCUGGUGAGGACAGAGCUUUUGGAAACUCUUGCAGAGAUUGACUUUAGGCUGGUGAGCUUUUUGGAGGCAAAAGCAGAAAACUUGCACAGAGGGGCUCAUCAUUACACAGGGCUUUUAAAACUGCAAGAACGAGUGCUCAAUAACGUUGUCAUCUAUUUGCUUGGGGAUGAAGACCCCAGAGUGCGACAUGUUGCUGCCGCAUCAUUAAUGAGGCUUGUCCCUAAGCUGUUUUAUAAAGGCGACCAAGGACAAGCUGAUCCAGUAGUGGCCGUGGCAAGAGAUCAAAGCAGUGUUCACCUGAAACUUCUCAUGCACGAGACGCAGCCUCCAUCUCACUUCUCUGUCAGCACGAUAACCAGAAUAUAUAGAGGCUAUAACUUACUACCCAGCAUAACAGAUGUCACUAUGGAAAAUAACCUUUCGAGAGUUAUUGCAGCAGUUUCUCAGGAACUAAUCACAUCAACCACAAGAGCACUCACGUUUGGAUGCUGUGAAGCUUUGUGUCUUCUUUCAACCGCCUUCCCAGUUUGCAUUUGGAGUUUAGGUUGGCAUUGUGGAGUACCCCCGCUGAGUGCCUCAGAUGAUUCUAGAAAGAGCUGUACGGUUGGGAUGGCCACAAUGAUUCUUACCCUGCUUUCGUCAGCUUGGUUCCCAUUGGAUCUCUCAGCCCAUCAAGAUGCUUUGAUUUUGGCUGGAAAUUUGAUUGCAGCCAGUGCCCCUAAAUCUCUGAGAAGUUCAUGGACCUCUGAAGAAGAAGCCAACUCAGCAGCCAAUAAACAAGAGGAGGUCUGGCCAGCUCUGGGUGACCGGACCCUGGUGCCCAUGGUGGAGCAGCUUUUCUCCCAUCUGCUGAAGGUGAUUAAUAUCUGUGCUCAUGUCUUGGAUGAUGUGGCUCCUGGACCAGCAAUAAAGGCAGCCUUGCCUUCUUUAACAAACCCCCCUUCUUUAAGUCCCAUCCGACGAAAGGGAAAGGAGAAAGAACCAGGAGAACAAGCAUCUGUCCCACUGAGUCCCAAGAAAGGCAGCGAGACCAGUGCAGCCUCUAGACAACCUGAUCCCUCAGGGCCCGUUACAACAAGCAAAUCCUCAUCAUUGGGUAGUUUCUAUCAUCUUCCUUCGUACCUCAAACUGCACGAUGUCCUGAAAGCUACUCAUGCCAACUACAAGGUUACCUUGGAUCUUCAGAACAGUACUGAAAAGUUUGGGGGGUUUCUGCGCUCUGCCUUGGAUGUUCUCUCUCAGAUUCUAGAACUGGCGACACUGCAGGACAUUGGGAAGUGUGUUGAAGAGAUCCUGGGAUACCUGAAGUCCUGCUUUAGUCGAGAACCAAUGAUGGCAACUGUUUGUGUUCAACAAUUGUUGAAGACUCUCUUUGGGACAAACUUGGCCUCCCAGUUUGAUGGCUUAUCGUCCAACCCCAGCAAGUCUCAAGGCCGAGCACAGCGCCUUGGCUCCUCCAGCGCGAGGCCAGGCUUGUAUCACUACUGCUUCAUGGCUCCGUACACCCACUUCACCCAGGCCCUCGCUGACGCCAGCCUGAGGAACAUGGUGCAAGCGGAGCAGGAACAUGACACAUCGGGAUGGUUUGAUGUACUCCAGAAAGUAUCUACCCAGUUGAAGACAAAUCUCACAAGUGUCGCAAAGAACCGUGCAGAUAAGAAUGCUAUUCAUAACCACAUUCGUUUAUUCGAGCCUCUUGUUAUAAAAGCUUUAAAGCAGUACACGACAACAACAUCUGUGCAAUUACAGAAGCAGGUUUUGGAUUUGUUAGCACAGCUGGUUCAGUUACGGGUUAAUUACUGUCUUCUGGAUUCAGAUCAGGUAUUUAUUGGCUUUGUGUUGAAACAGUUUGAAUACAUCGAAGUGGGCCAGUUCAGGGAAUCAGAGGCAAUUAUUCCAAACAUCUUUUUCUUCCUGGUAUUACUAUCUUAUGAACGCUAUCAUUCAAAACAAAUCAUUGGAAUUCCUAAAAUCAUUCAGCUCUGUGAUGGCAUCAUGGCCAGUGGGAGGAAGGCGGUGACACAUGCCAUACCGGCUCUGCAGCCCAUAGUCCACGACCUCUUUGUAUUAAGAGGAACAAAUAAAGCUGAUGCAGGAAAAGAGCUUGAAACUCAAAAGGAGGUGGUGGUCUCAAUGUUACUGAGACUUAUCCAGUACCAUCAGGUGUUGGAGAUGUUUAUUCUCGUCUUGCAGCAGUGCCACAAGGAGAAUGAAGACAAGUGGAAGCGGCUGUCUCGACAAAUAGCUGACAUCAUUCUCCCGAUGUUAGCCAAACAACAGAUGCACAUUGACUCUCAUGAAGCCCUUGGAGUGUUAAAUACUCUAUUUGAGAUUUUGGCCCCUUCCUCGCUGCGUCCCGUGGACAUGCUAUUACGGAGUAUGUUUGUCACCCCAAGCACAAUGGCAUCUGUGAGCACUGUUCAGCUGUGGAUAUCAGGAAUCCUAGCCAUUUUGCGGGUUCUGAUUUCCCAGUCAACUGAAGACAUUGUUCUUUCUCGCAUUCAGGAGCUCUCCUUCUCCCCGUAUUUAGUCUCCUGCCCAGUGAUUAACAGGUUAAAACACGGGGGAAGUAACUCAACACCAGAAGAACACAGUGAAGGGAGACAAAUGAAGAACUUGCCAGAAGAAACGUUUUCAAGGUUUCUAUUACAACUGGUUGGUAUUCUUUUAGAGGACAUUGUUACAAAACAGCCAAAGGUGGAAAUGAGUGAACAGCAACAUACUUUCUAUUGCCAAGAGCUAGGCACGCUGCUAAUGUGUCUGAUCCACAUCUUCAAGUCUGGAAUGUUCCGGAGAAUCACAGCAGCUGCCACUAGACUCUUCACCAGCGACGGCUGCGACGGCAGUUUCUACACCCUGGAGAGCUUGAACCUGCGGGUGCGCUCCAUGGUCCCCACACACCCGGCCCUGGUGCUGCUCUGGUGUCAGAUCCUGCUGCUUGUCAACCACACCGACCACCGCUGGUGGGCAGAGGUGCAGCAGACCCCGAAAAGACACAGUCUGUCCAGCACGAAGUUACUUAGUCCCCAGAUGUCUGGAGAAGAGGAGGAUUCUGACUUGGCAGCCAAACUUGGAAUGUGCAAUAGAGAAAUAGUACGAAGAGGGGCUCUCAUUCUCUUCUGUGAUUAUGUUUGUCAGAACCUCCAUGACUCAGAGCACUUAACUUGGCUCAUUGUGAAUCACAUUCAAGACCUGAUCAGCCUGUCCCACGAGCCUCCGGUACAGGACUUUAUUAGUGCUAUUCAUCGGAAUUCUGCUGCCAGCGGCCUAUUCAUCCAGGCAAUUCAGUCCCGUUGUGAAAAUCUUUCAUCCCCGACCACUCUGAAGAAGACUCUUCAGUGCUUGGAGGGGAUCCAUCUCAGCCAGUCGGGUGCUGUGCUCACGCUGUAUGUGGACAGGCUUCUGUGCACCCCUUUCCGAGUGCUGGCUCGCAUGGUCGAUAUCCUGGCCUGUCGCCGGGUAGAAAUGCUUUUGGCUGCAAAUUUGCAGAGCAGCACGGCGCAGCUGCCAGAAGAAGAGCUCGGCAGAAUCCAGGAGCACCUUCAGCGCAGUGGGCUCGCCCGGAGACACCAAAGGCUUUAUUCCCUGCUGGACAGGUUUCGUCUCUCCACGGUACAAGACUCACUUAGUCCCUCUCCUCCAGUUUCUUCCCACCCGCUGGACGGGGACGGGCAUGUGUCACUGGAAACAGUGAGUCCGGACAAAGACUGGUACAUGCGUCUUGUCAAAUCCCAGUGUUGGACCAGGUCAGAUUCUGCACUGCUAGAAGGUGCAGAGUUGGUGAAUCGGAUUCCUGCCGAAGAAAUGAGUGCCUUCAUGAUGAACUCGGAAUUCAACCUAAGCCUAAUAGCUCCAUGCUUAAGUCUAGGCAUGAGUGAGAUUUCUGGUGGCCAGAAGAGUCCACUUUUGGAAGCAGCCUGUGAGGUGACUCUGGGUCGUGUGGCCAGCCUUGUUCAGCAGCUCCCUGCUGUCCACCAUGUCUUCCAGCCCUGCCUGCCUUCAGAGCCCACGGCCUACUGGAGCAAGCUGAGUGAUCUAUUUGGGGAUGCCACGUGGUAUCAGUCCCUGACCACUCUGGCCCGGGCCCUGGCACAGUACCUAAUGGUGGUCUCCAAGCUGCCCAGUCACUUGCACCUUCCUACUGAGAAGGAAAGGGACACGGUGAAGUUUGUGGUGAUGACCCUCGAGGCCCUGUCGUGGCAUUUGAUCCACGAGCAGAUCCCACUGAGUCUGGACCUCCAGGCAGGGCUGGACUGCUGUUGCCUGGCCCUGCAGCUGCCCAGCCUCUGGAGUGUGGUCUCCUCCACAGAGUUCGUGACCCAUGCCUGUUCCCUCAUCCACUGCGUGCACUUCAUCCUGGAAGCCAUUGCUGUGCAGCCCGGAGAGCAGCUUCUUAGCCCAGAAAGAAGGACCAGUGCUCCAAAGGCUGUCAGACAGGAUGAUGAGGUAGACCCAAACACACAGAAUCCUCAGUAUAUCACCUCAGCCUGUGAGAUGGUGGCAGAAAUGGUGGAGUCUCUGCAGUCAGUGUUGGCCUUGGGUCACAAAAGGAAUAGCAGCAUGCCAGCAUUUCUCACGCCCGUGCUCAAGAACAUCAUCAUCAGCCUGGCCCGCUUGCCCCUUGUCAACAGCUACACACGUGUGCCUCCCCUGGUGUGGAAACUUGGGUGGUCACCCAAACCGGGAGGGGAUUUUGGCACAGCAUACCCUGAGAUCCCUGUGGAGUUUCUCCAGGAAAAGGAAGUCUUUAAGGAGUUCAUCUACCGCAUCAACACACUAGGGUGGACCAGUCGUACCCAGUUUGAAGAGACAUGGGCCACCCUCCUUGGUGUCCUGGUUACCCAGCCCCUCGUGAUGGAGCAGGAGGAGAGCCCGCCAGAAGAAGACACGGAAAGGACCCAGAUCCACGUCCUGGCUGUGCAGGCCAUCACCUCGCUGGUGCUUAGUGCGAUGACUGUGCCCGUGGCCGGCAAUCCAGCUGUGAGCUGCUUGGAGCAGCAGCCCCGGAACAAGCCCCUGAAAGCUCUUGAUACCAGGUUUGGGAGAAAGCUGAGCGUUAUCCGUGGGAUUGUCGAGCAGGAGAUUCAAGCAAUGGUUUCGAAGAGAGAGAACAUUGCCACCCAUCACUUGUACCAGGCGUGGGAUCCUGUGCCUUCUCUGUCUCCGGCUACUACAGGUAACCUCAUCAGCCACGACAAGCUGCUGCUGCAGAUCAACCCCGAGCGAGAGCUGGGGAACAUGAGCUACAAGCUCGGCCAGGUGUCUAUACACUCUGUGUGGCUGGGGAACAACAUCACACCCCUGAGGGAAGAGGAGUGGGACGAGGAAGAGGAAGAGGAGGCAGAUGUCCCUGCACCUUCAUCACCACCCACAUCUCCAGUCAACUCCAGGAAGCACCGGGCUGGAGUUGACAUCCACUCCUGUUCCCAGUUUUUGCUUGAAUUGUACAGUCGCUGGAUCUUGCCAUCGAGUUCAGCCAGAAGGACCCCAGUCAUCCUGAUCAGCGAAGUGGUUCGAUCCCUUCUAGUGGUCUCAGACUUGUUCACUGAACGCAAUCAGUUUGAGAUGAUGUAUUCGACGCUGACAGAACUGCGGAGGGUGCACCCUUCGGAAGACGAGAUUCUCGUGCAGUAUUUGGUGCCAGCCAUCUGUAAGGCGGCUGCUGUCCUCGGCAUGGACAAGGCUGUGGCAGAGCCGGUCAGCCGCCUGCUAGAGAGCACACUCAGGAGCAGCCACCUGCCCAGCAAGAUCGGAGCCCUGCACGGCAUCCUCUACGUGCUGGAGUGCGACCUGCUGGACGACACUGCAAAGCAACUCAUCCCGGUCAUCAGUGACUAUCUCCUCUCCAACCUCAAAGGAAUAGCUCACUGCGUGAACAGUCACAGCCAACAGCAUGUGCUGGUGAUGUGUGCCACCGCAUUCUACCUGGUUGAGAACUAUCCUCUGGACGUGGGGCCAGAAUUUUCAGCGUCAAUAAUACAGAUGUGUGGGGCAAUGUUGUCUGGAAGUGAGGAGUGCACCCCCUCUGUCAUCUACCACUGCGCCCUCAGGGGCCUGGAGCGGCUCCUGCUGUCCGAGCAGCUCUCCCGGCUGGACGCCGAGUCCCUGGCCAAGCUGAGUGUGGACAGAGUGAACGUGCACAGCCCACACCGGGCCAUGGCAGCCCUAGGCCUGAUGCUCACCUGCAUGUACACAGGAAAGGAGAAAAUCAGUCCAGGUAGAACCUCAGACCCUAACCCUGCAGCCCCAGACAGCGAGUCAGUGAUUGUUGCUAUGGAGCGAGUAUCUGUUCUUUUUGAUAGGAUCAGGAAAGGGUUUCCCUGUGAAGCCAGAGUGGUAGCCAGGAUCCUGCCUCAGUUUCUAGACGACUUCUUCCCACCCCAGGAUGUCAUGAACAAAGUCAUUGGAGAGUUUCUGUCCAACCAGCAGCCUUACCCACAGUUCAUGGCCACCGUGGUGUACAAGGUGUUUCAGACCCUGCACAGCACCGGGCAGUCAUCCAUGGUCCGUGACUGGGUCAUGCUCUCCCUCUCCAACUUCACGCAGAGGACCCCAGUCGCCAUGGCCACGUGGAGUCUCUCCUGCUUCUUUGUCAGCGCUUCCACCAGCCCCUGGGUCGCGGCAAUCCUCCCACACGUCGUCAGCAGGAUGGGCAAGCUGGAGCAGGUGGACGUGAACCUUUUCUGCCUGGUGGCCACAGACUUUUACAGACACCAGAUAGAAGAGGAGCUCGACCGCAGGGCCUUCCAGUCUGUGUUUGAGGUGGUCGCAGCUCCAGGAAGCCCAUACCACCGGCUGCUGACUUGUUUGCGAAAUGUCCACAAGGUCGCCACCUGCUGAGCCCGUGCUGGAGAGGCUGUGAGGCAGUGACGGCUGGUGCUGAAGCCUCCAGGAGCCUGUGCCAAGCGCCCUGCCUCCACCUGCCGGCUCAGUCACCGCAGGCUUCCGCUCAUGCCAUGGGUGGCCAGGCAGCGUGCGUGUCUUUGCUACGUGGCAGAAGUGCUCUUCGCAGUGAGGUGGCUGGGCAGGGAAUGGCUGUGGUCUGUAGGGGUUGAGCCCAGGGCCUUCCAGAGAGCAGGAGCAGCUACGUUGCUGGCCCUCAGGCUGCAGCUGGUAGUGAUGCCGGUGGACCAGGUGUUGGCCUUUCUCCUAACGCUCACAUUUUGGUUGGCGCCAGGUUGCAGCUGCCCUUGCAUCUGGGACGAAAGUCCUCCUACAGGACAGCCCCUCUGCUGUCCCGCAGGCGGAAAGCUCUGCCAGCAGGCUUUGGGAGCUCUGCCCUGCGUGUUCCCAACAGGCUUUGGGAGCACUGCCCUACGUGUCUCCAGCAGGGUGUGUGUGCCACACCCAGCGUGUGGAUGCACAGAAGCUGCAGUGCACGCUGGGCCAGUGGCUGGGAGCGCCACACACCCAGCCCCAUUCUCCCUUUCUCUGUUUUCUUCUCAGGAUUUAAAAUUUAAUUAUAUCAGUAAAGAUAUUAAUUUUAAUGUAACUCUUUCUAUGCCCGUGUAAAGUAUGUGAAUUACAAGGCCUGUGCUGCAUGCAACAGCAUCUGUGGAAGUGGACAGAGCCCCUCUGGCCACGACUCCCUCCCCUGCAGCCACUCACAUAGCCCUCCCGAACACCCGUUGAUGUUUCUGCAGCACAUGUCCCCUUCGUAUGCAUUCACAUAUAAUUGGAAUGUAGAGAGGUGUUAGUGUUAGGGUGUCCACAGCAGGAGUCCUCCCUAGGGCCCCCUGUGAGGAUUAAGGAGCACCCUCCACCACCUAGUGUGUAAGGGUAUGGCUCCCCACGGUACUCUCCUCGGGCACAGACAACUAUCCACGUUCACCACCCACCAGCAAAGUGAGGGAUGGUGGCUUCCCUGUCACAUGACUAUGAGCAGCCUCUGUUGUGUCCGGAGAUGCUGGUCCUGGGCUGGGGUCUGCCCCCAGUGCUGGCUAGCCUGUUUGGAGUCUGCCACCCCAUGGAUGUGUGCCUCACCCUGACAGCCCCAAGGGUGGCUGACCUGCAUUUUAUCCAAGCCCCUCUUAGUCAAGAGCAAAGCUUGGUGUCUUGGCAACCGUUAGUGACAGAGCACAUCAGCCGCUGCCCUUUUUAGCUCACACAUUUAGUCAGGAGAGUACAGAUCUGUGCCCACUGGAGCCCCAGGGGUGGGGUGCAGACGGGGAGGGGAGAGGGGCUGCUUAGCUCAUGGCCCCGAGUCAGCACCAUGGCCCCAUCAGAGCUGUUUCCAGGCCCAAAGUAGUCAAGUCACCAAAAUGGAAGUGAGUCCUGGACUGUAGGGUUGCCCUUGACGUAGGAGCUGGACUGGGAAGUUGCAUCUGCCAUUGGCCGUAAGAUGGGCUGGGGCCUCUGCUUCCUCAGCCCCUGGAGGCAGCCCCAGCUGGGUUGGUGACAUCGUGCGGGUCGGUUCAGUCAUGGACGUUGAUGUUUGCGUAUUUAUCAUGGUAAGUGGAGAUGAUUUUGGAGCUGUUUUCCAAAGUCUGUAUAGGUGCUGCCUUGAGACCCCUUAGCUUUCUGUGUCCCUCUCUUGCUACUGCAGUUGGAAGGCAGCGGGGAUGCAGGGUGGUCUGCUGCCACGCACGUGGGGGAUCCCAGGGGACCCCCUCCUCAGAGAAGCCUCCACCAGGCCUGUGUGUGGCUUUCCUGCCAGCUUCCAGCAGAGGCCCCCCCCCACAAGACAAGACUGCCUUGUCCUAGUGUCGGGGGCUGCACGAAUGGUAGAAAUGGAUCCAGUUUUUGAGGAGGACCUUAAGGGAAUCUGCCAAAUUCUAAGAAGAAGAAAGUUACCGUUCUCCCUUACUAGUCUGGGGCUCCCAUUGCUCAUCCUAGCUUUUCCCAUAGAAAGCCUGUUUGAAUGCUUGCGAAUGAUGGGAAAGUUCUCAGACCUUGUUGCUGCCCCACCCCAGGCUAUUUCAGCAGCUCUGAGACAGAAGUAUCAGGCCGAUGUUGUUCCUGGUUAGAUGUUUACAUUUGUAAGAAAUAACACUGUGAAUGUAAAAUUUGGAGCCAUUCCCCUUAGAAUUCAUAUUGCUGGCCUCAACGUAGAGUUUAAUUGGCCUCUUGUUUACAAUGUGAUCUAAAACAGUCAGUCUUUAGCAAGGGGCUUGGAACUCUGCUCUGGCAGUAGGUCCCAGCCCAAAGAUCUGCUUGCAUGUUCCAGAGAUGAAUAUGCGUUUAUAAGUAAAAUAACUUUACUCACGCAUGAGUAUACAUGCAU